AUGGCGUCUCUGCCCCCGCUCAGCACCAACUACUCGACAGCAAUCAAGCUCAUCGAUGAAGCUCACGCCCAGGACCCCAACAAGACCCCGGCGGCAGAUGGCUCAGGCCAUGUGCCGUAUGAGCUUCAUUAUGCCCAAAAGAUGACGCGAUGGCUCGCAUCAAGAUGUCCAGAUGCAUCUCCUGCAUUGCAAGUUGCUUGCCGGGCGCAGCAUUUCAGACGGUCGGUUAUUCCCACCCCGCUCACCGUCCACCAAGCAUUGACUGACGAUCUGAAAAGCUGGGAGCUACCACGAAGCAGCUACCCCAUGACCAGGCCCGGGUAUCUCACGUGGCGGACAAAGCAAAAGACCCAGGCUGCCUCCCAGAUCAGUGAACUGCUUGUGUCCAUGGACGAUCCUCCUCCAGAAGCUGACAUCGAGCGGAUAUCGGCUCUGAUCAGCAAGAAGGACCUGGCCACCAACGAGGAGACACAGGUGCUGGAGGACGUGGCAUGUCUGGUGUUCCUGGACGACCAGCUUGACGGGUUUGAGUCGAAGCCUGACAAUGACGAGGACAAGGUCAUCAGUAUUCUGCGCAAGACGUGGAAGAAGAUGAGCCCCAAGGGCCGUGAGAUGGCGCUGCAGAUGAAACACAGCGACCGGGCGACGUCUCUGUUGCAGAAGGCUUUGCAGGAUGACAACGAGUAG